CAUCAUCCAUUACACUUUGAAAAGGCACCUUCGAUAGUUCUGAUCGACUAUGAUCAGCUGCACUAUGAUGGUAGGUACCUAUAUACAGUGUAAAUAUCGGGAGGCCGGAUACAAAAGUCCAGUAGGUAGUCUUACCUAACUCUCAGCUCAACGACUUCCCCGGUGCCAUGUGCGGACGAUGCUGUGCCUGGAACUAGCAUUCCGUCCGUUCCUCCCCCCGACCACUUGAAACCGUGCACUGCGUGUCAGCUUACUAGGAACGAGAUUUAGCCACGCUGAUUCGCGCAUGGUUCUUCCUAAUCCAUGUCGUCUAGGGCAAUUAGUCACUUUUGGGUACCGGAUUGUCUUCAAAGCCACACGGAAUUUGACUUUAAUAUGUUAGGCUCCUAGCCUCUCCAACUUGUUUCGCUCUCUUCAUCGUGUAACAAUACAGACCAUUUUUUUUGUCUCGUUUUUUUUCUUUCUCCGUAUGCAAGAGGGUACCUAGUCACAGGGUUUAGUUCACGAUGGCUUCGUAUCCCCUCGUGGCGCCGGGCCCUGUGCCCUUUUCGAUGGACUAUAGUGGAUACAUAUCGACCGACGAGGACUCUAUGGUUACUAUUGCCCCUCGGAUGCAUUCAAGAGAAGAGGCGGAAGAGGUGGAAGAGGUGGGAGUGCUCAAGGACAACCCGCCGUUCAAGCCGGACAGGAACUUUAUUCUCGCUUUCCUUUCUAUCUGUAUUAUUACAUUAGCAGCCGCCCUCGACGCGACGUCUCUUAGUAUCGCCCUACCCAUCAUUACCGAAGAUCUUCAGGGAUCGGCUAUCGAAGCAUUCUGGACAGGAACGUCCUUCCUACUCACCUCCGCCGUCUUUCAACCCGUUAUCGCCGGUUUGAGUCAUGUUUUCGGAAGGAAGAAUCUUCUCAUUAUAUCAAGCUUUUUAUUUGUCCUGGGAGCUAUUAUCUGCGCUGUUGCCAGAAACUUUACCGUCAUGCUCGCGGGAAGAUCUGUCCAAGGUAUUGGCGGAGGUGGUAUAUUAGCGUUGGGUGAAAUCAUCGUUACGGAUCUUGUGCCACUCGUUGCUCGAGGCACCUGGUUUGGAUAUCUCGGUUCGACAUGGGCGUUAGGUUCCGUGGCCGGGCCUUUGUUAGGAGCGGUUUUCGCUGAAAGCGUGACAUGGCAGUGGAUCUUCUGGAUUAACUUGCCAAUUGUCGGCGUGGGGAUGGUUCUUCUCAUCCCUUUUCUGAAGCUUGAAUCCACACCCGGAAAAUUGACCGAUAAACUCCGCUUAUUCGACUGGAUUGGAUCGAUAAUUUUCGUGGGCGGAACCGUAGGCUUCCUGAUUCCUGUCACAUGGGGUGGUGUUAUGUAUCCUUGGGACCACUGGCGAACAAUAGUUCCACUGUUUAUUGGAUUUGACGGUAUUGUUGCAUUCGCCAUUUACGAAUGGUGGCUUUCAAGGAGAGCAUUUGACGCCGAGGGAAAUUCUCUGCCAGGUGAACAUAUCGAACCUAUUGUUCGCUUCACUAUUUUCAACAACUACACGAUGCUGAUUACAUUUCUUUCAACUAUUCUACACGGAGUGGUCGUCUGGUCUCUCCUGUAUUUCUUACCGCUAUACUACGAGGCUGUCAAAGAAUACUCGCCGAUUAUUUCCGGUGUCGCCAUCCUUCCCGAGACGGGUCUGGUCGCUCCCGUGUCUGUAAUUGCGGCUGUCCUCUGUACAAGAUUUGGGAAAUACCGUUGGGCUCUUUGGUCAGGUUGGGUCUGUACCAUUGCUGGCUCUGGACUCCUUUUCCUUCUUUCACCCUAUACAUCUGUUCCCGGUUGGAUUUUUCUUAACUUUCUCGUCUCGAUUGGAACUGGUAUCCUGUUCCCCGCAAUGAGUCUAGGUACUCAAGCCGCAUCUCGUCCUGCAGAUUCUGGCCAUACCGCGGGUUUUUUCUCUUUCCUUCGUGUUUUUGGUCAGGCUAUCGGUGUCGCUGUUAGUGGUGUCGCGUUCCAAAACCAGCUCCAGAGCGAGCUGCUGAAAUACGAAGAAUUUGCCCCUGUUGCAGCGCAGUACAGUAAGGACGCUACCGGACUAGUUAGUAUUAUUAAAGCGCUGCCUAACGGAACGACAAAAACGGACUUGAAGCAAGCAUAUUCGGACAGUUUACAUGUCAUCUGGCUGUUGAUGACAGUGGUUAGUGGUGUAGCGCUACUGACCAGUCUUACAACAAAGGAGUACAGCUUAGAACAGGAGCACGACACGCGUCAGAAGUUUAGUGGUGGGAAGAAUAAGGAGAGCAUGAAUGAUUUAAUGCUACGAUGAUAGAGAUAAACGCAUAAGGAGCAUGGGUAGCAUUGGAGACUCGAGUUUAGGCAUAUUACAUAGAUGGUUUAGCAUAGAAGGAUGCAUCUGGGCAGCAUCACGGAGUUAUUGAUAAUUACUAGGCGGUCAGGCAUUAGUCCGCGCACCCAGAAGGUCCUAAGUUUUAAUUAAAGAGUUGGGCAAGACUCAA